CCAUUAUUUUCUAUUUUAUAGGACCUAUCGGAGAAAUAAAAUUACUUCAUUGUUCUGUUGAAAAAUAGAAAUUACAUUACAUCUCUCUGACAAAUUUUGGAAAUCAUCAUUUCAUAAUGUUCUGAAUCAGAUAACUAUUUAUCAAGAUGCACGGAAUAACGUUGUUAGAAUUACCACUUGAUAUAUUAGCAAAAAUAUUCAGCAUUUUAGAUGGAAGUGACCUUUCUAAUUUGAUACGCACAUGUAAGACAUUAAAGAACUUUAUUCUACACGAUAAUACCAUUUGGAGAAACAUUGCUAAGAAAAGAUUAAUAAUACGAGAUCAUCUAGCCAGUGUCCCUGAUUCUCGGAGCUGGUAUAGCAGAUGUAGAAUUUCUCAUAAUUGGUGUAAAGGAAUAUUUAAAAAGCAGAGAGCACUUCACUAUGACACACUUUAUAUACCAUGGCUCGAGUUACAUAAGUCACAAAUGCUGCUAUUGGCACUUGGUUCAGAAAUGUUCUGCUUUUCUACAGACAGAAAAGGAUCACCAAACUGUAGGACCAGUCUCUGGUCUCUACAUGUACCCAUCAUACGGAGAUAUGACAUAAGAACAAAUGAUAUAUCAAGAUUUGUUAUCAAAGAUAACAUAUUACUCUGUGGAAACAGAGAUGGAUCUGCAGCUGUUUUUCAUUCAAACAAUCCAAGAAAGAAGCCAUCUUUACUCUGUCAUAUUGAUGAUUGCCAUCAGAAUGGUGAAGUAGAAGUCACAGCUAUUGAAGGCAUCAAGACAGAAGACAAGUUAUGUUUGCUGACAGGUUCAUGUAAAAGUUCAGAGCUCUGUUUAUGGUCUUGGAACUGUUCGGAGGAUAAUUAUGACCAUUUAUAUGACAGAAUGCAAAAUUCUGAGUGUAAACAGACAAUACAAAUUUCAUGUGAAGAAGUUGGUAUAAGAUGCUUGUCUAUGAAUAAAACAAAUAACAAACUUGCUAUUGGCUUAGCUGGCAACACUAGACCACUUUUAUUGGAUUGCCAGAUGUGUGCCUUCCAAUUACCUAUUGAUCAAAGUCUAAAUAUGAAAAGAGAUGCUGUCAAAGACAUUACAUGGCACAAUGAGAACACUAUAGCAUAUGUGUCCCAUGCAGGAAGAAUGCAACUCCUGGAUAUUCGAACUAACCAUGUGAUUUACAGAAAUAUGGAUCCAUUUCAUUCAUCAUUGUAUUGCCUCAAGACUGAUGGCAACAAUGCGUUGAUAGCAGGUGCCUCAGAAUUUUCACGCUGCGUAUUAUUUGAUGACCGUCAACCUGGAAGACAUGUACAGAUGUAUUUCACCCAAAAGAAUGCCUCGCCAGUUUAUAGUUUGGUCUUCAAUUCAACGAAACUGAUUGCCGCAGCUGAUCGCAGCAUCGGUCUAGUGGACUUCGACGUUAACUCAUCAGUCACAAGAAGAUAUGACUAUUCUGAUGUGUUUGAAUUUGUAAAAAGAUGAAAACUAUUUGCAAAGAUGAUCACACCAUUUAGAAAUUGAUGUUACUGGAUAAUAUAUUUAAGUUAACUCAU